CAUGGGAAAGCAUGCUUUUUUUCCAGAUAAUAUUCUAUGAGGACAGAAACUUCCAUGGUCGUAGCCAUGAGAUCAGUGGUGACUGCCCAGAUGUGAGCUUAUACCUGAGCCACUGCUCCUCCUGUAGGGUGGAAAGUGGCUGCUUCAUGGUCUAUGAAUGCUCCAACUUCAUGGGCCACCAAAUGCUGGUGAGAAGAGGAGAAUAUCCUGAUAACCAGAGGAUCAUGGGUAUGAGCAUGAGCGACUGCAUCAGAUCUUGCAGAAUGAUCCCUAUGCAUAAAGGAACGUUUAGAAUGAGAAUCUUUGAAAGGGAGAACUUUGUCGGACAAAAGUAUGAGCUGAUGGAUGACUGUGAAUCAAUCCAGGAACGCUUUAACAUGCCUGACUGCCAGUCCUGUAAUGUCACACAUGGCCACUGGCUGCUGUAUGAACAACCCAACUUUGAAGGCAAAAUGAUAUAUAUCAGGCCAGGGGAGUACAACAGCUUUAAUAAUAUGGGUCUUGGCACAGUGAAAGUUGGUUCCAUCAGACGCAUCAUGGAGUCAUGUUAAAGAAAAUUACACAGCUGAUGAAAGACAACAAAUGAUUUCCAUAUAGUUUCCCAAUCCUGUGACACUGAAACUCAAAAGAGCCUAUGAUUUAUAAUGUCAAAGAACAAAUAUGUUUUUGCACAAAAUUUAUGAUAAAACCAUACACUUUGUUUGUGACAGCUGUACUGCCAAAUGUUGAUUUACAUGCAUCUAAAUCAUUGCAUUAUAUUUCGUUAAUUAUCUAAUAUGUGAUGAUAAGGUUCAUUGCUUUUGUGGAAUGUCCAUCUACCUACAUUUACACACUGUACCAAAACUGAACAAAGGGCAAUGACUAUCAGCUACUUAUUGAACAUUACCUUGGUACAGAUCUCUCUGCCUGGAAAGAUUAAAAUAAAAUAUAGAUAAAUAUAAAUAAAUGGUUCAAAAGAUAUUUUUUUCUUGAAAACAAUAAAAAAACGUUGCUUUGUUCAGAGCUUACUGCACUCCUCUCC